ACAAAAAAGAUAGAUAUAUAACCAAAGAAAAAAAAGUCUCUUCCAAAAAUGGCAAUUAGGGUUUCCUACAAGUCUUUCCUCGCCGCACUUCUUCUCAUACUCUUCAUUUGUUCUCCUACUCAAGCACGAAGCUUACGAGAAAUCGUGAGGAAUAGGACGCUAUUGGUUGUGGAGAAGGGUCAAGAGAGUCGGAAAAUAAGGCACGAAGGUGGAGGACGUGAUGUUGAUGGAUUGGUGGAUAUGGAUUAUAAUUCUGCGAACAAGAAAAGACCAAUACACAAUCGCUAAUAAACACACAUGAGAGCUUAUCGAAUUCUUGUGAGAUAUCCUGAGAUCCAAAGAUAUCCCGAGAUUUUAUCUUUUACUAAACGUAAAUUAUAAGAAGUGCCUCUAAGAAGAAGUGAGAAUGUAUUAUAUAUUUAAAAAAAAAAAAAAAAGUGAGAAUGUAAACUACUAUUUAUAUGAACAUAUAAAUAUAGACGACUAUGUAUGCAUAUGUGUACAGUCUUAUCUCGAGAAAAAACCGUUUUAUAUAAUAAUCAUAGCUUGUGUGUGUUUUAUGUAGAGUAUGGAUUGCAUCAUGGUUUUCUGUUUGUGAAAUAAAGGUCAAUAAUAUAUUACUCUAUGUGUGUAUAA